AUGAGCAAUAGGGGAUCAGGUUGGAAGGAAAGAUUGCGCUGGUUACCGGUGGCGCUUCUGGCAACUACGUGGUGCCGCUGGACGCUGCGCCGUCAGGGAUCACGCGCCCGCUCGUCGAAAUCCUGCGCGACCUCAACAAGCGUGUCCCGGAGGCCAUCGUGCUAUCCGCCACCCGCCGCGCCUCCUCAUCCGACCCCGUCAUCCCAUGAUAACCGAAGACUUCUCGACAAGUUGGUGCUGUAUGGCCUGGUUGAGCUCAAGGUUAACGGAGACGGCAAUUGUCAGUUUCGGGCAUUGUCCGAUCAAUUUUACCGAACUCCUGAACACCAUAGAUUUGUGCGGCAACAGGUAGUCAAUCAGCACAGCCGUAUGUACAAGAAGCAGAGCGCAUCAGUUCAUGCUCGAGCCCCAAAGAAGGGUUCUGGUGGCUAUGCCGACGACCGUCGAGAGGUUCAUGGACUGGACGGUGUCGUGGUUGCCGAUGUAUGGAGAGGCGAAGUUGCUGCCCAUCAUCUACCUCUAGCUCCCCAGCACACGGGGUGCGGGGCACGUGUACGAUGGCUUCCUCCAUCCGCUGGUGGCAUGGCCGACAUCGACCGGAGCCUGCUUGAGCUGAGGGCUAGGGCGAGGGACAUGACGGCGUCACAACACAAGGCGGCGGCUGUCAUCGGUCAAGUGUGGCUCGUCGAGGCUGCCCGCUGUGUUUUGUCACAGUUGUAGGCCACGAGAUCAGGCCGAGAAGGCGCCACGCAUUGACGAGUGAGCCAAUUUUUGGAUUGGACCAUAACAACGUGUAUUAGUCUCUGACGUCUAGAAGUAGUGGUAAAGUUUUGAAUUUGCACGGCAAGAACCACUUACGUAGGUAGCUGACACGCACAACACUGUGUUUACACUCUUAUGUAAAAGAUAUGAAUUAUACAAGAGUUGCCUCUACAAUGAGGAACUGUGAUAGUAGAUACGGCAAUUG